GCGCCUGGUAACACAACGGUGUGUCAUUUCGGAGACGGCCCUUGAGUAGACACAGAAAAAGUCGGAACAGAUCACGAAAACAACCACCUCCUCAGUUGUGAUGGUUAAUCGGUCUUGAGUCGUUAUCUCCAGACACUGCGGAUCACUGUAAACCUUACAUGUGACUGCUAAAACAAUGAGGCUGAGAAUGCGUAAGGCGUCUCAGCAGCCGAACCCCAGUGUGGCAAGCCGCCCGUCCCGGACCAAGCGGAGGCAUUCAGAAGUAGAAGAGGACACUCCUACUAGUGGAGGGAGGGGCUUGUUCUCGACCAUCAAAAAGUUCAUCAGAGGAAAUGCUGUUAAGGUGGAGCAGGAAAGCCCAGCCAAGAAGACACGCCUCCACUGUGAUGUGGACAACAACUUGAUCACCUCUACAACCCCAAACACCAACACCCCCCGCAGGACUAUCAGCAGGGUUGGAAGGAGAGGCUCCAUCAAUGGACAGGCAACCAAUCAUGACAGGAGUAAGGAGAAGCCCAAUGGCAGCCUUGAGGAGACGACGGCCGUUGAGGUGCCCACCAGCCCUCCCAGAACAACCCUACUUGGGACCAUCUUCUCCCCUGUUUUCAACUUCUUCUCACCAGCUAAAAAUGCCUCCUCUGGUUCUGACUCUCCAGACCAGGCACUGGAAGCAGAGGAGAUAGUCAAGCAGCUGGACAUGGAGCAAGCUGUGGAGACACCCACCAGCACAGCCACAUCUGCACAGGAACUGUGUGCCACCACUAACUUUUACUCCAGUGUAUCACAGCUGCCACCUCUGCGACCUCCCCACAUCCCAGAGGCAUCUCCCACAGCGGAGGAGGCGGAGCUUGAUGCAGAUGCCGACCUUCCACCGCUUACAGCUCCAGGUUCCAGUCCAGAUAUGGCAUAUGUGGACUCUCCGCCCACUGCAGUACCACCAGAGGCAUCCUAUGAGGAAGACUGGGAAGUCUUUGACCCGUAUUUCUUCAUCAAGCACGUCCCUCCACUGACAGAAGAGCAGCUCACUCGUAAACCAGCCUUGCCACUGAAGACACGCAGCACACCUGAAUUCUCUCUGGUCCUAGACCUGGAUGAAACAUUGGUUCACUGUAGUUUGAAUGAGCUGGAGGACGCAGCACUUACCUUCCCUGUUCUCUUUCAGGAUGUCAUUUACCAGGUGUAUGUGCGCCUGCGGCCUUUCUUUAGAGAGUUUCUGGAACGCAUGUCUCAAAUCUAUGAGAUCAUCCUUUUUACAGCCUCUAAAAAGGUGUAUGCAGACAAACUGCUCAACAUCUUGGAUCCUAAAAAGCAGCUAGUGAGACACAGGUUGUUUCGUGAACAUUGUGUUUGCGUCCAAGGAAACUACAUCAAGGACCUCAACAUCUUAGGCAGAGAUCUGUCAAAGACCAUCAUCAUCGACAAUUCACCACAAGCCUUUGCAUAUCAGUUGUCCAAUGGGAUUCCAAUAGAGAGCUGGUUCAUGGACAAGAAUGACAAUGAGCUGCUGAAGCUGGUUCCCUUCCUGGAGAAGUUGGUUGAGAUGAAUGAGGAUGUGCGGCCGCACGUUCGAGAACGGUUCCGGCUUCACGACUUGUUGCCCCCUGAUUGAACUGGAUCACAGUCUCUCAGAACGGGACAACAUGAAAAAACUGAAAACAACAUGCGUGUAAAAAGCCCUUCUUUGGAUUACAAACUACAACAUUGCCAUUACUGUUAAAAUUUUAGCCUUUUUCCCUUUUUUUUGUUUCUUUUUUUCUUUUUCUUUUUCUUUUUUUUUAAAUCCACCAUUGCUUUUUAAAAAAAACUCCAAAAGAAAAACAUUUUUAAAGAUCCUGGUGACAUUUUCUAAUUAUCUAAAUGUAUAGAUGAAACUACACACACUAUGAACAAGCCCAGGUAGACUCCUCUUUUUGACUGACUCUCCAGCUGUGGAGCCGGAUACCGUCUCCACACUAAAUUCUGAAGUCUUGGUGCUGGUUUAGUGGAUAUGAAAAUGCCACCUGGUAAAGAGGAACUCCACCCCGACCGAGUCCCUGAACCCAAACCGACCCCUGGUGCUCACGCUGUUGACACUGAUGAAUAACGACACUCUGUGGCUACAGACGGUUUUCAGCGGGAAUGACUGGCCUGUAAAUCAAUCUGUGCAUGUGUGUAUGUUUACUCCUAGCCACACACACACACACACUCACUGAUUUGGUGUUUGGCAAACCUACAAUCUGUAGCCUUUAAAAUCAUAUGCAUUCCUCCGUAGCUGAGUCAAGUUUCUAUUGUUGGUUGCAGUUUUUUUCUGGUAAAA